GAUGCUGCUGGGUUAGUGAGUUCUGCACAGUUCUGUAAAGCAGUGUGUGGAAGUAUAUUUGUCUGAUUCGUUUUAUUGAAGAAUUGCAGGGAUCUUCCCGCUAAACACCGCAAUCAUGAAAAUGAAAGGAUUAAGUUUUACGAGCAUGAAGCAGCAUCCAGCUCUGCUUCCAUUGUAUUUUUGCGUAGGCUUAGGAGCCUUUGGUGCGGCGUUCUACACGAUCCGUCUAGCAUCACGUAAUCCCGAUGUUUCCUGGCUAAACAAGAAAGAGUCUGAACCAUGGAAUGACUAUAAAACUAAACAAUAUAAGUUCUAUGCAACAAAAGAUGAAAUCAGCAAUGCAAAGAGUCCAGCGCCAGAAUAUUGAACUGUAAUAUGUAAACUAGUAUUUGUUAUAGGAAUAAAUUGUUAUAAAUAAUUGCUAUAAAUUACUUUUAAGAACUUUCAUCUCUGAACAAUACUAUUGUUCUUGUGUCCAAAUAACAGGACUAUAAUAGUCUCAAAUUAUUUCCAGAAGGAAUAUCUUCAACAUCAUUGAACAUGUAUUAUAAUUUAAUUUUUUUUUGUUAGUUUGAGAGAAAGUUUGAUAUUUAAUAAAGUCUGUGUUGCCUGUAAGCGAUACUAAUA